AUGUCUAUGAUUCUCCAGAAUUACACGCUAGAGGCGGAUCCUCUUUCUCUCGAUAGGAUAAGGUCGAUCUUGACACGCUUGGAGGAGACCGUCAUCUUCUCCCUCAUCGAGCGUGCGCAGUUUGCCCACAACCCGAAAAUCUACCGUCGGGGGGAGUUCCAGGAGCUUCUAGAGAUAGGUUUCAAGGGUUCAUGGCUAGACUGGUUCUUGAAGGAGACUGAGACUUUCCAUGCGAAGGCGAGAAGAUUCACUUCCCCGGACGAAUACCCCUUCACAGAUCCUUCAGAAUUGCCUGCACCCAUUCUGAAGACGAUCCCAUACCCUGACAUCCUCUAUCCGAACAAGAUCAAUGCGAAUCCCUCCAUCUUAAGCUUCUACACUCGCUCCAUCGUCCCACGAAUCACUCGCCAAGCAACGGUAGCUCUGGCAGCCGCGAAGCGCGCGAAAGGUAUCGUAGGAGAUGAGGAGUUUGAGGACGAUGGGAACUACGGCAGCGCAGCACUUAUCGAUCUGGAAGUUCUCCAAGCCAUCAGCAAACGAGUGCACUACGGGAAGUUUGUCUCUGAAUCGAAGUUUCGAGACGACCCAGUCGCGUUCAUCCCACACAUUCUCAAGCCGAAUCGUGCCGCCCUCGAUGCACUGAUUACCAAGCCUGAGGUGGAGAAGAAACUUCUCCAGAGGCUGCGCAAGAAGGCAACUGUCUUCGCGCAGACUUUCGCUCCGGACGGCGAGCCGCUGAGCGACGAGUCGACGCGAAAGAUCGACAUUGAUGGUGUCGUAGAGUUGUAUGAGCACUACAUUAUACCCCUAACGAAGGAAAUUGAGGUUGACUAUUUAUUGGUGCGCUUGCAAGGGAUGUCUCAAGAACAGAUCGAUGUGUUAAUGACCACAGACGCGAAAGGCAGUACUGUAAGUAUCAAAACCGAGCCAGACGAUCCAAACCGCGAAGCGCAAACAGUCGAAGAGAUAGCGAGCACUGCACGGGAUACAAUGAAGUGA